UUUUUUUAUUAUUACCGUUGUUACCAUUGUGUUUUAUAAAAACAAGCAUUGUAUAAUCAAAUGUUUUCCAGGAAGAGAUCAUCGUUCAGAAUUUAUUAUGCAAUUCUGAAAGCAAUCGGAUUAACACUUUGUAUAAUUUUCAUAUUACAAAUAUAUUUCAUACGUACAACUGUCAAAUAUGUUACCAUACGAAAUCACACUGAUAAAGCAAUUACUGUACCGAAUAUGACACAUAUUGAAUGUAAACGCACAUGUCGUACUAUUUGCACGAAUAUUGAUAGUAUUCCAUCGAGUAAGGUGAGUGCAUUGAAACCAACUGGGAAAAUGCCAUUCAAUGGUGAAUUCAAUGAAGAGGUGAAUCCAAUCAACGACACAUUUUAUUCACAUGAUCUUGGUGGCGGUUGGAUGUUUAAGGAGGAGACGACGAAUUGCAACAACGUUCCACAAUCCGGUGCAGCAAUCAUCAUCGUUUGUAGAGAUAGAUGGAAACAACUGAAUAAUACAUUGUCCGCUCUGAUUCCAGUUCUCCAGAGACAACAUUUGUGUUAUCGAAUAUUUGUUAUUGAACAACAGGGUACUGGUAUUUUGAACAAAGCUCAGUUGAUGAACAUUGGUUUUAUUGAAGCACGUAAACGUUUUGAUUUCAACUGUGUUAUAUUUCAUGAUGCCGACUUAAUACCAUUGGAUGAUAGAAUACCACAUGGUUGUGAUGAAGAGACGAUGGAGAGUGUGGUUCAUUUGAGUGUUGGAGUGAGUUCAUGGAAUUAUGUUUUACCUUACAAAACAUUGAUCGGUGGUGUUUUGAAAAUAUCGACUCCACACUUUAUACAGGUUAAUGGUUAUUCGAAUAGUUAUUGGGGUUGGGGUGGAGAGGAUGAUGAUUUGGAGAGGCGACUGAGAGCAUCAAAUAUUGUGUAUAAACAUAUUGAAAAUUCAGUAGGCAGAUAUCUUGCUCAACCUCACACUAAACAGGUUCGAGGGAAUAGACGUUCAGUACUUGGUUCAUUAAGAAAUGCAUCCAGUCGUAUGUUCACUGAUGGAUUGAAUUCUGUAAAAUAUAAAGUUUCAACCUAUUUUGAGAAACAACACUACACACACUUUCUGAUUACAUUAAAAUAAUUUAUUUAGAAGACUCAAUUGCCCGUUUCUCUUACUCUUAAAUAUUGUAUAACCUAGUUCUUUACAAUAUGAGACAAAACUAUUUUUAUAUUGAAUGAUAAUUUUAUUUAAGAAUCGAAGUAAUCAAAAUAAAGAAAACACUGAUGUAGUCUCAAGUUCAACAUUGUUAUAUACACAGUCAAAUCUGUAUAAUUCUCACAAAUGCACAGAAACUUACAUCCAUAUGUACUCUUGAUUGUGGGCAGUAGAUAAGUUAGUAUCAUUAAUAGUUCGAAUAGAAGAAUUUCUAUUAACUAUUCAUCAUAGUGAUUUGUACAUGAUUUAUUUCUGUUGUCUAUGUAUUCAGUUUUCGGUAUGUACUUUCAAACAAUAUUUCAAUUAAUUAUUUAACCAUCUUUUGAAACAUUUGAUUAUAUAUAUAUACAUACCCUAGUUACUUAUUAAUUGUCCAGUAAGAAUAUAUGUAAUGAUAAUUCAUAUAUAAUUCCAAGUAGUCACCAUUCAUUUAUUCUUCGUUCGCAUGUAACACAUAUUCAGCAUGAUAUGCAGCAUGUGAUUUGUUAUGAUUCUGAACAGUUUACAUACAUGUGACUUUUCCCUACUGACUAAUCAGAUGGGUGUACAAAUCAGUAAAUCAGUAUAAGUGAGUGUAUUUCCGAUUAGAGUCGUCGUUGUAUUUUUGUGGUGAAAAAAUCUUUCCUUGUAUCA